UUUAAUACCGUUGUGUCAAAGAAGAAGAACAAGAGCACAACAAGAAGAGAAAGAAGGAGAAAAAGAUUAGCGGUUUUAAAGCGACCCUGUAUUAUGUGAUGUCUUCUGCAUUUCGUGAUCAUUAAGUGGUAAAUUAUUUUAUUUAUUCAUAACUUUUGCGAUACGAUUCGUGAUGAGAGAUAGCUCAGUGAAAGCGGUUGAGUUUAAAGAGCCUGUAUGAUCGUUUCCGGAAGUGCUGCAAAAACAUCUAAUAUUCAUCUCGAGAAGAUUUUAUGAAGGUUUUUUAAUUGUGCCGAGGAAAAAAAUCUUUAUUGUAUGAUUCAUGAAUUUUUUAAAGCACACACAGCAGCUUAAAUCACAACAGGGGUCAGUAACCUGUCAAAACCUACGAAGAUGUUCGGCUUUUCUCGGCUUUCUGCCGAAGGGAAAGUGGGCGUGGCUACCGGCGUAGUGUUCUUCUCUAUGCUCAUAUCCCGAACCGUGCUGUCGGAGCGCGUGGACGUGGGUACGCGCGCGCGGUUGUUUCGGGCUCAGUUUCUUUUGUUGAUCAACUCUCUGCUGCUCCUCGGCUCUCUCUACAUCUGGAAGCACGUGGUGACGCGGCUGUGCGGCGCGAGACUCCCCGCAGCCUCAGGUGCGUCAGCGCGCGCCUGGCCGCACAGAUGUUGGCGCGCGGCUGUGCUGCUGUUCCUCGUGCUCGCUCACUGCAGCUACCUGAGCAUGUUUUACCUGGUGGGCACGGAACCUCACUGGCUGUCUUUGCUGAGCUUCAGCUGCCUGGGUGUUUAUGUCAUCCUGCUGUUCCUCCUCAUGGUGUUCGGCUUCGCCAACCGCAUGCUCCAGAUGUUCUGCAAGGGUUCUGUGGUGGCGGUGAGCAGCUCAGGCAGACAGACGGUGCUUGCUUUAAUGAUGACCGUGAUGUUGGCUGCGUACGGGCUGUUCAACGGCGCACAGCCACCGCAGGUGGUGGAGGUGGAGGUUCCUCUGGAGAAACUGCCCGCUUCGAUGGACGGCCUCAAGGUGGUGCUGCUCUCAGAUAUCCAUUUAGGGCCAACGGUCGGGCGCUCACAACUGCAGCGCAUUGUCACCAUGGUCAAUCAGCUAGAACCAGAUGUGGUGGUGAUUGUAGGUGAUUUGACCGACUCUCAGGUGACCCGAUUGAGGAUGGCUGCAGAACCACUGGCUCUCCUCAGACCUCGACUCGGCUCGUACUUUGCGACAGGGAACCAUGAGUACUACACCGCUGAUGUGGACGGCUGGUUUGAGUUCCUGCGCUCGAAGGGAAUAGAACCUCUUCACAACAGCCAUGCUCGAGUGUCCAGACCCGGACAGACGCAGGACUGGUUCUGUCUCGCUGGAAUCGACGACCUGGAAGCUAGCAUGCUGCGGUAUCCUGGUCACGGUAUGGAUGUGGAGAAAGCUGUGAGCGGCUGCAGUGAAGAACGUCCGAUCGUUCUCCUGGCUCAUCAACCUCACGCUGCUAAACAAGUGCUCCAGCAAAGACCAGACAUCAGCUUAGUGCUGUCAGGUCACACUCACGCUGGUCAGCUCUUCCCUCUCACUAUCCUGGCGUUCCUGGUCAAUCCGUACUUCUGUGGACUUUACCGUGUCUCCGAGCACACUUUGAUCUACGUUACUCCUGGAACGGUUUAUUACGGCAUUCCGAUGAGAAUCGGCAGCCGUGCGGAGAUCACACAGAUCACACUGAGAUCUGCCUGAGUGUCCGCACACACACACACACACACACACACUGUAUGCUAGAAGAUGCCACUAAAAAUAACAGCACUUUUUUUAAAGGUUGUUUGCGUCAUAUAUAACCCAUAAUAUGAUGUCAUAACGAUUUGUCGUCUCUUUUCUCACCAGAUCACUUUUAUCAUUUUCUCAUGAAUGACCCUACAUUUGAGCAACAAAGCUACACUUUUUCUCAAUUCUAUGCAAAUUAGGUUUGACAUAAGGACUAAAGGAGGCAUCAGAUUUAAAGGAUUCCUCCGCCCAUAUCCAGACAGCGAGGUGAUGGAGCAGGUAGAGAUCCUGAUUUCAGUCCUGACCUCAGGUUAUGCUCCAUGUUCUCCUUGUGUCUAUGUGGGUUCUCCGGUUUCCUCCCAGCUCCAACAAACUGUUGUAGUCGGAUUUAUGAUGCGGAAUUGCCUCUGUAUGUAGAUGUGUGUGUGUGCAUGAAUUCCCACCUCACACCCAGCUUUCCCGGGAAAACUGAAUCUGUGGCUCGGACGAAGUGUUUACUGAAGAUGAAUGAAAGAACGAAUGACCUAUGUGUCUAGGAAUAUUCUCAAAUCAUACAAUUUCUUCAUUUCCUUGACUUUAUCUCAAAACCAAUAACAGUAACAUCCGGUCAUUUCUGUUCGAAUGAAACCAGAUCAUUUUUAGGGUCAGUGUGUUGUCCAGACUGUCUCUAGCUACCUGGACUACACAGAGUACACUCAUGAUGUCACAUUCAGACUUAAUUCUUCAGUCAGGGUUUUUGAGUAUAUUAGUUAGGAUUAUUUAAUUUCCAUGGGUUUGAUGUAUAGGAUAUAAUUAUUGUUUAUUAUCGCUAAUUUUAUUAAAUAAUUUUCACAUGACUGACA